GACUUAUCGUGUGCACAACUCUUUCCGGCGUCUCCACCGUCUCUCGCCAAAAUGUCGGCACCUACGCAUCUAUUAUUCGAGUCUGCCGGAGGAUAUGCCCUCUUCGAAACGAAGAUGUUCGAGGAGAUUGGUAUGCAGACGAAGCAAGUGCAAGACUCGAUUGAAGACUUGCACAAGUUCGGGAAACUUGUGCAGCUGAAGAGCUUUGCUGCUUUCAAAAAUGCGGCAAAUGCUCUGGAGAACAUUAACGAUGUUACGGAAGGCAUUGUCAAUGAGCACCUGAAGAAUCUACUGGAACUCAACCUGAGCAAGUCGUCGAAAAAAACACCAGUGGUUCUGGGUGUCUCCGACCGUACACUUGGAAGCGCCAUCACGACAGAUCUCAACAUCAAGACUGACUGGUCUGAACGAUCUCUGGAACUAAUACGAGGAAUUCGUCUGCAUGCAGAGAAGCUGCUGAAGGACUUCCAGGAAGGCGAUCUGCUGAAGGCUCAGCUCGGUCUCGGUCACUCCUAUUCUCGCGCCAAGCUAAAAUUCAAUGUCAACCGAUCCGACAACAUGAUCAUAUGUUCUAUUGCAACCCUCGACCAACUCGACAAGGAUGUCAAUACGUUUGCCAUGCGCGUGAGGGAGUGGUAUGGGUGGCACUUCCCUGAGCUAGUGAAGAUCGUCCCAGACAACUUCCAAUAUGCACGUGCUGCAAAGUUCAUUGGCGACAAAUCUCAACUGAAGGAGGAGGCGAUACCGGAGUUGACUGAGAUUCUGGAGGGUGACGAGACGAGGGCCAAGAAUGUUGUCGAUGCUGCUCGCCUGUCCAUGGGCACCGAUAUCUCACCAAUCGACCUCCUUAAUAUCUCAGCAUUCGCCGAUCGCGUGAUUUCACUUGCUAACUAUCGCAAAGCACUCACUGCAUACCUGACGGAGAAGAUGAACCUGGUUGCACCCUCUCUCACAAGCUUGAUUGGAGAGCGGAUAGGCGCACGUCUAAUUUCUCAUGCUGGCUCUCUUACCAACUUGAGCAAGUACCCUGCCAGCACUGUCCAAAUUCUCGGAGCCGAGAAAGCGCUUUUCCGUGCGCUGAAGACCAAGGGCAACACACCGAAGUACGGGCUUAUCUUCCACUCUGGUUUCAUUGGGCGCGCCGGAAACAAGUACAAGGGUAGAAUAUCGCGAUUCCUUGCCAAUAAGUGCUCCAUUGCCGCCCGUAUAGAUUGCUUCAGUGAUAGUCCCACACCGAAAUUCGGCGAGGCACUGAAGAAUCAAGUCGAGGAACGGUUGGCCUUCUUUGAGACAGGUGUUGCACCGCAUAAGAACGCAGAUGCCAUGAAGAAAGUGUUGGAGGAUCUCGAGAACGAGGAGCAUGAUGAAGACGAUGAGGAUAUGGUGAAUGCAAUUCAAGUGUUAGUCGUACCCGCUGUUGUGACAGCGGACAGCACCGAGAAGAAGAAGGAAAAGCGCAAGUCUGACGUGGUUGAUGAUGAUGCGGAACCACCAGUUGCGAAAAAGUUGAAGAAAGACAAAACAGAGGAUGUUGGAAAGAAAGAGAAGAAGAAAGAGAAGAAGGCCAAGGCUGACGUUACGUCUACCCCAAUAAAGGCUGCCGACCCGGAUUCCAGCCCGAAGAAGCCGAAGAAGUCCAAGGAGGAGAAGGAGGCGAAGAAAAAGCGAAAGAGUGAAGCGGCAGCGUGA